CUCCAUGGCGGGCGGCGGCGUGGCGGUGUGGAAGUGGGUGGUGGUGAGGCGGAUCUGCGACUGGCCGGCCCUCUUCCUCGCCGUUCCCCGUUUCCUGCCGGCUUCGAGGGUGACCAUGGCGACCAUGUCCGGCCUGACCACGACGGCCCCCUUCAGAAGUUCUGCGAGUUCUUGUGGUGUUCGCAUUCCAACUUACUCUGUCGUUCAUUCAGAGAUCUGCAUUUUAAAAGGAAAAUGUUACCAUCUGUAGCAUUCUUUGAACGGUGCUGGAGCUGGCGGUGGCGACGGCGCUGCUCAGCGCUGACCAGGUUCAUGGAAACGCUGGCCCACAAACUCCGUUUCCGCGAGGGUACUCAGUCGCGGAAGUUGAAGGUGGUGGUCAGGCACCCAAGUCGCGACGCGGCGGCGUCGUACGCACAUGCCGAGCUCUGCCGUAUCGAACAUCAAGAGGACGAUGUGCUCGCCGGCAGCGCGGAUCUCGGCAUAGAACCGUCCGCUUGGGUGGAAGCGCACGCCGGUGAAGCCCGUCUGAUUAGCGCGCGGAAGCAUGGGGUUCUCUGGUUGCCUUCGUCUGGCUGGGAGGACAUGGUCGAUGGUGAAUGAGUAGUUGCGGUGAGGGCGCUAUAUAAAGCUAGGUGUGCAGCUUCAGUUCUAAGAGGAGAUAAACCACCUGGUAUGAGUGUACGCGGGUUAAUGAUUGUGUGAGACUAGUGCAUGAGAUGAGAUGAUAAGGACGAAUAUGUGAGAUGAGCAACUGUGCCGUCCGUGAGCGAGGAAUCUGGAACAGUGUUUGAUUUGGACGAAUAUGCUGCAGAAACUUUAGCA